UCACAAUGAGCACAAGUUCGUCUCUUCAUCAAUGGCAACUACAAGUAGUGUCCACAUUUAUUCAUAUGUUAAAACGUUAUGUUAUGUUUGUUAUGUAGCAACCAUUUUAUUUCCUUGGUUUUUUGGUCUAGUGACUUGCCAAAUUAGUCGUGGUUCUCGUUUAUUAGCCACAGAAAACAAAGUUUGGAUUUCUCAAAAUGGAACUUUUGCACUUGGUUUUACUCCAUUAUACUCAAAUGAUCAAUUACAACUUGGUAUUUGGUAUAAUCAGAUUCCUGGAGAAAGAGUUGUCGUAUGGUCUGCUAAUAGAGAUACUCCAGCCAGCAAAAACGCCGUCCUAGACUUCGACAACACCGGAAACCUCGUCCUCAACGACGGGCAAACAACCUUAUGGUCAUCAAAUACUUCAAGGGCAGAAGUGGAUGCAGCAGUAAUGUCUGAAAGUGGGAACUUUAUACUCUACAAUGCAGCACAACAGCCUGUGUUCCAGACCUUUUCGCAUCCGUCGAAUACCCUCUUACCUGGCCAAGCUAUGAAUGUAUCAAUGGAGCUAACAUCAUCAAAGAAAUCCCCUACACAUGGUGGUUACUACACUCUAAAAAUGCUGCAACAAACAACAUCACUAAGCCUAGCAUUAAGCUAUAAUUUACCAGAACCAGAAGCACCUGAAGACUCCCUUUCAAAUAUUUCCUAUUGGGCAGGCCCUGAUAUAUCGAAUGCCACCGGUGAUGUGGUGGCAAUCCUAGACGAAAACGGCAGCUUUGGGGUAGUGUAUGGUCCAGGUUCAUCAAACGGGGCAGUAUACGUUCACAAAAAUGAUCGUGACAAUACUGGAUUACUAUACAAUAAGUCCUUAACAUCAUCAACUCAUGCACCUGUCUUAAGGCGGUUGGUACUCGAAUCAAAUGGUAAUGUAAGGCUCUAUAGAUGGGACAAUGAUGUUAAUGGAUCGCGCCAAUGGGUGUCCGAAUGGGCAGCUGUGUCUAGCCCUUGUGACAUUGCUGGAAUAUGUGGGAAUGGUAUAUGUCUCCUAGACAAGUCUAAGACAAAUUCAUCUUGUUCUUGCUUGCCUGGGACUGUAAGUGUAGGGGACAAUGAUGAUAGGUGUUUCGAAAACUCUACAUUAACCGGUAAAUGCAAUCAUAGACACGAAAACCUCACCUCCGAGUUCAAGAUCAUUGCUGUCCAACAAACAAACUAUUACUUCUCAGAUGAAUCAGUGAUAGCUAAUUAUAGUGAUGUUCCCACACUAUCUAAGUGUGGUAAUGCUUGCUUAGAUGAUUGUGAGUGUGUUGCAUCAGUUUAUGGGUUGAUUGAGGAAAAGCCUUAUUGUUGGGUGUUAAAGAGGAUGGAUUUUGGAGGAUUUCAAGAUCCGAGCUCAACUCUAUUCGUUAAGGUCUUAGCAAAUGAAUCAGGUUGGAGUGGAUUGUCGAAACAGAAGGGUGGUUUAGGAGGGGAUAGUAAUAAAAGUGCACAUGAUAAGGCUUUGGUGAUUCCCAUUGUUUUAAGUAUGGGUGUGUUAAUUGCAUUAUUGUGCCUUUUGUUGUACUACAAUGUUCAUAGGAGAAGAUUGAUGAAGAAAGCAAUCGAGAGUUCGUUGAUAUUCGCAGGUGCUCCGAUUAGUCUAACAUACCGAGAUUUGCAGUAUUGUACAUCUAAUUUUUCCCAGCUACUAGGGAGAGGUGGGUUUGGAACUGUAUACAAAGGAAGCUUAGGAGAUGGAACUUUGAUUGCAGUGAAGAAACUUGACAAGGUUUUGCCGCAUGGAGAAAGAGAAUUUGUUACUGAAGUCAAUACUAUUGGUUCUAUGCAUCACAUGAAUUUAGUUAGGCUUUGUGGCUAUUGCUCUGAGGGAUCACGCAGGUUGUUGGUUUAUGAAUACAUGAAAAAUGGGUCAUUAGACAAAUGGAUCUUUGCUCCAAAUUACAGUCUAGACAAGGUACUCGAUUGGCCUACGCGCUAUAAUGUAGCACUGGGCACGGCUCAAGGGAUAGCUUACUUCCAUGAGCAAUGUAGGAAUCGUAUAAUCCAUUGCGACAUCAAACCUGAAAACAUCUUGUUAGAUGAGAAUUUUUGUCCUAAAGUUUCAGAUUUUGGAUUAGCUAAAUUGAUGGGAAGAGAGCAUUCUCAUGUUGUUACGAUGGUUCGAGGUACUCGUGGGUACUUAGCUCCUGAGUGGAUUAGUAAUCGCCCCAUAACCGUGAAGGCAGAUGUUUAUAGUUAUGGAAUGCUACUGUUGGAGAUCAUUGGAGGAAGGAGGAACCUCGACAUGUCUUUUGAUGCUCAAGAUUUCUUCUAUCCUGGAUGGGCUUUCGAGGAGAUGGUGAAUCAUAAAGCUAUUAAAGUGGUUGACAAGCGACUAGGAGGAGCUGUUGAUGAGGAAGAACUCACAAGGAUUCUCAAAAUUGCAUUUUGGUGUAUCCAAGAUGAUCUUUCUGUGAGACCUUCAAUGGGAGAAGUGGUAAAGAUGUUUGAUGGUACAAUGGAAGUUAAUAUGCCACCAAUGCCUCCAAACAUUUUGGAGUUGAUAGAAGAAGGUUUAGAUAAUGUGUACAAAGCUAUGAAAAGGGAAUAUGACCAUACAAGUACAUUUACUAUUAACACUAACGCUUCAACUCGAGCUACUUGUAGUUAUUCUACCAUGUCACCUCGUUGAUAGAAAUCAAUGCAUAUACUUCCUCUGUUUUGACAUAAAUGAAAAGUUUCUCUCAAAAAUCCCACACAUAAAAAAGAGAAGCGUUUCAUUUAUUUCAGAACGACGGAAGUAUAUUACUCAUUUUAGGUUUAUUUUUAUGGUGUCCUUAUAUUGUUAAUUCGUCUAAACAAUCUCUAUCAUUUUUUAACUGCCAAUUCUGAUUAAUGUAACUAUGAUUUUGUUACAAUUUUUUCUUUAGUCUUUAUGUAUCUUCAUUAUUUUCCUUUCUAUCGUAUUAAUAUUAAUCUCAACCUAAAAAAGUUUUCAAACAAUCACUAUAUUAAUAUGAUGGAAAAGUAUGAUAAUUAAUUCCUCAAAUGCUCCAAACUCGUGCAGUUGGAGAUUUUGAGGACGUAUCCCAACUCCAAAACCUCCUUCUCACCAUGAUACCACACCAAUAAUUUUUUUUUGUGAACCUAUCCGGUUUUCGAAAUCCAUUUUGGAUCCGACUAAUCAGGAUUCGAGCCGGGUCAGGCCCCAAUCAGAGAGAAAGCUCUCCCAACACACUGCUGAGUUCCCAGGACUCGAACCCGAGACCUCUGGUUAAACUUA